AUGUCUGAGAAAAAGCAAGACGAGAUCUUAGCCUCCGAACCCUACCACAUCGAGUAUACCGAAAAGGGUCAGGGUGUCGAUGAGGAUGCCGUCUUUGGAGAGAUCACCGAAGAGGGUCCGAAUUAUCGCAAUGUAGGAUGGCUGGGAACCACAGCUCUCAUGAUGAAGACCCAGAUCGGUCUGGGAGUUCUGUCGAUACCGUUAGCCUUCGAUGUCCUCGGUAUGAUCCCGGGGGUCAUCGUCCUGUGCGCCAUUGCCGCGAUUACAACAUGGUCCGACUAUAUUGUGGGUGUCUUUAAGCUGGCACACCGGGAGGUCUAUGGGAUUGACGAUACUGGGGCACUCAUGUUUGGGUAUCCCGAUUGGAUUUUUGUGGCUGGCUCUGGAAUGCUUGGGAUCUCCAUCUCCCUCAAUGCAGUCUCCACCCACGGCGCUUGCACGGCCAUCUUCGUGGCGGUAGCCGCCAUUGCAGGCUUCCUGCUGGCUAGCAUCCAAACCCUAGGUCGCAUUAGCUGGAUCGCGUGGGUGGGAUUGUUCGGCAUUAUUACAUCGAUCCUGAUCGUCACGGUUGCUGUCGGACUCCAGGAUCGCCCAUCAGCCGCGCCACAGGGAGGCGUUUGGGUCUCUGACUACAAGCUCGUGGGCAGCCCGACCUUUUCCCAAGCUAUCACAGCAAUCUCCUCGAUCGUCUUUGCCUACGCAGGUACCCCGGCCUUCUUCUCCAUCGUCUCCGAGAUGCGCGAACCCCGCCAUUAUACCCGGUCCCUUGUGAUUUGCCAGUCCGUGGUUACGGUGGUCUACAUUACCAUUGGCAUCGUUGUAUACUAUUACUGUGGAACCUAUGUUUCUUCACCAGCCUUGGGCUCCGCUGGUCCGACCAUAAAGAAGAUCAGCUAUGGCUUUGCGCUACCAGGUCUCCUGAUGACCACACUUCUUGUCAUCCAUUUACCCGCCAAGUAUAUCUUCAUCCGCAUCUUGCAAGGCUCGAGGCACCUGACGGCCAACACUAUGAUCCACUGGGUGACCUGGCUCAGCUGCACGUCGGGUAUCGCGCUCAUCGCAUAUAUUAUUGCCAGUGCUAUUCCCGUAUUCAAUGACUUGGUGUCCCUGGUUGGUGCCCUCCUGGGCACUCUGAUGUCCUUCCAACCUAUGGGCUGCAUGUGGCUAUAUGAUAACUGGAGCAAGGGCAAGAUCAGCAAGUCACCCAAGUGGAUUUUUAUGGUGUGCUGGAGCGUCUUCGUGAUUCUGUCCGGCACCUUCCUGAUGAUCGGGGGUACGUACGGAUCGAUUGUUUCCAUCAUGGACAGCUAUAAAAAGUCCGGUGGCUCGGCAGCCUGGUCCUGCGCCGAUAACUCCAAUUCGGUCUAA